AUGCUCCGAGUCCGUCAUGCUUCGGCGUAUGCAUCUGGAAUUUCAGGCUCAGGCUUCUGGGCGGGUAUGGCGCUUGGCCGUGCCGUCUUGGGAUUCGUGACAGAGCGAUUUGGCGAGAGGCUUUGCCUGUCAAUUUAUCUUGGCAUCUGUCUCGGCCUCCAGUUGCUGUUCUGGCUUGUUCCUCAGUUUGUCGUUUCUGCCGUCGCCGUCGCCUUUCUAGGCUUCUUCUUGGGCCCGAUGUUCCCUGGAGCUGUCAUGGUAACAGCCAAGCUUUUGCCAAAACGCAUCCAUGUCAGUGCCAUUGGGUUUGCCAUGGCGAUGGGAGGCACUGGAGGCACGGUAUUUCCUUUCAUAAUUGGUGCUAUUGCAUCUCACAAGGGUGUUUCCGUCUUGCAGCCCAUUAUUCUGGCGCUCAUUGCUGUGAUCGCCGCAGUUUGGUUGAGCUUUCCUCGCAUUCAGAAGCGGGACUGA